AUGGAGCUCCCCAGCAGCACGUGGGGCCCCAAGCCCGACCUGAACCAGCGCAACCAGGAGAUGCAUAUCCUCGUGGGCCUGCAAGAUCAAGGCAGGAGGAUUUUCGCUCGGUCCUGCGAGGAGAAGCUCCGGCAGAACAGGGAGCUGAUCCCCAGCCUGCAGAAGGCCUUGCAGGAGGACUCCACUUUCCUGAACUUUGUCCUGAAGUACAACAAACUCCCCAUUAAGGAUGCCUUCGGAGAGCUCGUUUCAGGCACUGAGAGCCUGGAGUUGCCCACCCAGCAAGCCCCCAGAGCAAAGUUCUCCCAGACCCCAUCCUGUCAAACCAGUGACAACAUCCUGGAGCAGCAUCUCAGUGUCCCCAGCUCUACCUUGGGGGGAGUUUUCUGGGCAGCAUCCCCUUCUGCAGCAUCCAGCCUGGAAAAUGGUCCCAUGCCCAUCCAGGUGGCCGUAAAGAAGAUGGAGGCCAAAAUCCAUGACCAGGUGAAGGCGUGUGACAUGCUGAUGCACCAGCUGAAGCUGUGGAGCCAAGCCAGGGAUGAGCGCCAGAGGCGCCUGCAGGAUCUGCAGGAUGCUGAGGCUGACCCUAAGUGGAAAGAGGCAGAGAUGCAGACCAUUCGCCAGCUGGGCAAUGACAUCGAGAAGAUGCUCAUGAAAAUUCGAAGUGGAGAGAUUGUCACCAACCUGUACCUGAGGCUGCAGGAGGUCCUGAGGAGGGAGCUGGUGUACCAGCCUCGAUACCUGGACCUCCUGUCUGGGAUGACUGUGAUGUACCACCAGGAGCUCACAAGCAAGACUACCGUCCUACCCAACAGAGUCAUCAAGAAACUCAUGGCCGAGGCAGGGCCCCGGGUCCGUGUGGAGAAGCACCUCAGGGACCAGUCCCUGGCUGAGCAGAAGAAGCACCUCAAGAGCCUGCAGCAGCAGGAGGAGAGCGAGAGGCAGCAGAGGCAGCAAGCUGUGUCCAUGCUCUCUGCAGAGGAGGACCAGAGCUCCUCAGAAACGCUGCUGGGUGCUGACGUGGAGGCCGCCAUGGCCAGGAUGCAGCGCGAGGCCUUUGUGACCGACAAGAUGGAGAAGGCAAAGACUGCCCUGCAGUGCUCCUGCCUCUGGGACAUCCCCAGCAGCAUCCAGGCACAGAGGAAAUCUCUGGAGAACCUGCAGCAGCACAUCGAUGACUGCAACGAGAAGAAGAACGUGCUGAAGAAGACCCUGCAGAACCUGGAGUCCAAGCAGGCCAAACUGAAGUUCAACCAACCCGUCAGCACUGCCAGCAUGCAGGAGGAGGAGCUGAGGGAGCAGCUGAGGCAGGAGGAGGCCCGGCUGGAGCAGAUGAGAGCCCACAUGCUGAACAACCAGAAGCGCCUGAUCGAGUUUGAGAACAUCAUUGACAACAUGUUCCUCCACCUGCAGUACAUCUCCAUCCCUGGCAAGGAGGACUCAGGUGAGGUGCGGGGGAUGGAGGAGAAGCUGCAGUGCUGUGAGCAGAAGCUUCAGUUCCUGAAGGAGCAGGCGGCAGCCCGGCCUGAGGACAGCCCUGAUGAACAGAGCGAGACUUUUGGCAAGGUCAGGAACCUUCUGGAGGAAAGAACUGCAGGUGAAAAACAGAACCUGAGGAUCACCUUUGAGGAUGAGGGCGCUGCGGAACAUGACAGCUUGGAAUUUGAGGAGGAGGAAGAGGAGUACGUCCCCAGCAGGGAGGACAUCAAGAAGCAGGGGCAGCAGCUGAUCCGCAUGAACACCCGGCGUCGCAAGAAGAAGUAGUGGUUUCUCUAUGUGAGCUCUGAAGGCCUCAGGCCACCCCUUGUACCCUUUUCCCAGCAGGAGCACCUUGAGCUGAGUUUUCUCAGUCUGCUUUUCCCAGCAGGUUUA